UACUUCCACAGAGGUAUGCACCAGGAAGCAUGUAUGCAAGCUGAUGCAAAGUGACUGAUCUCCUCAAGCUCCAACAGAGGGAUGUUUGAAGCUUGUUCAAGCAACCUGCUGGGUGGUGCACAGCUGAGGAGCUGUUCUGUUUCUGUGGAGCCAAGAGAAUACGAGCUGAGGAGCUGUAUGGAAACACCAGAGAAAAUGAAAUUAAAGAAUUAAAACAGCCAGAAAUCUGGAGAGCAAAGGUGAAAACUCUAUUCCUCAAACAAAAAUUUUGCACUAAAUUGUGUACAAGGAAGUUUAUCUACUUGGAGUGGAGACUGCAAUCAAAAAACCCAGGGACUGGUGAGGCCAGGGACUGGUGUGAGCCAAGGGAACCCCACUGAAGGUAAAGGAACUGCAGCAAUUGGCACCAGUAAACAACGUGACUUACAGGUACAUGUUCUGACAUUUGUGGGGAAAAAGGAUAUCAUGUGCUAGGAUGUAACUGCUGGGCAAAUUACCCUGAAAUAACUGAUACUGGACACAGGGCCAAAUUCUGAUGGAAAUCUUGCUUCCAACAGAUUUUCAUAAACUGUGUCUGAAAGAAACCUCCCUCUUUUAUGGGGUAAAGCUGAAGCCGCCUUUCCUAGCCCAGCCAUGCAGUUUUACGGUGUGUGCCGUGUGCCCUGACUCCCUCUCUGCCUGUUUUCUCUCCCUCUCUCCCUUCAGAUGGCCGGUAGCCCGUGUGCCAGGUGGCCCCAGCGCCUGCGUGGCGUCCUGGCGGGAGUCGGCCCCCGCCGCUGAGGCAGGAGGCAUCGCCCCAGCCUGCGCCAUGGCCUCGCCGCAGGGCGCCCGGCGCGCUGGCCCUCCCGAUGGAGGCUGGGGGUGGAUGAUCGUGGCUGGCUGCUUCCUUGUCACUAUCUGUACCAGAGCUGUGACGAGGUGCAUUUCCAUUUUUUUUGUGGAGUUCCAGGCAUACUUCGGGCAGGAUUAUGCCAGAACGGCUUGGAUCCACUCCAUUGUCGACUGUGCUACGAUGCUUUGUGCACCACUUGGGAGUUUAAUCAGUAAUCAUGUGUCCUGCCAAGUUGGUAUCAUGCUAGGAGGGCUGCUUGCAUCUACCGGACUAAUUUUGAGUUCAUUUGCCACCAGCCUGGAACAUCUCUACUUGUCAUUAGGAGUCCUUACAGGACUUGGGUUUGCACUCUGUUAUUCUCCAGCCAUCGCGAUGGUGGGCAAAUAUUUCAACAAAAGAAAAGCACUGGCAUAUGGAAUAGCCAUGUCAGGAAGUGGAAUUGGUACCUUCAUCCUGGCCCCUGUGGUCCAGCUCUUAAUCGAGCAGUUUUCCUGGCGUGGAGCUUUACUCAUCUUGGGAGGUUUUGUUUUAAACCUCUGUGUCUGUGGUGCCUUGAUGCGGCCUAUUGCUCUUAAGGAGGACCGUAAAAAUGCCCCUGAGAUUCUUGAACACGAUUUUGCCCCCGAAGCACAGAAACAAGACUUAAAACGAAUAUCCGUCUGUUCACCCUUAAUCAAAACAUGGUCUCAUGAAUGUUUAUGCUACUGUUCAUGGAAGGAAUAUGACUUUUUACUAAUGCCAGGCUUCAUGGUGCUGGCAGUGUCGGUUUUAUUUAUGGCAUAUGGCUGUAGCCCUCUUUUUGUCUACUUAGUGCCUUAUGCUUUGAGUGUUGGAGUGAGUCAUCACCAAGCUGCCUUCCUCAUGUCCAUACUUGGUGUCAUAGACAUCAUUGGUAAUAUCACCUUUGGAUGGCUAACAGACAGAAGGUGUCUGAAGAAGCAUCGGCACUUUUGCUACCUCUUUGCUGUGGGAAUGGAUGGCCUCUGUUGUCUUUUCCUACCAGUUCUUAAAAAUUUCCCCUUGCUUGUGCCUUUCUCAUUUACCUUUGGCUACUUUGAUGGAGCUUAUGUAACGCUGAUCCCUGUCGUGACGGCAGAUGUAGUGGGAACUUCUUCCUUAUCAUCAGCACUGGGUGUUGUGUACUUUCUGCACGCCAUACCUUAUCUAGUGAGCCCUCCUGUUGCAGGUUGGCUUGUGGACACAACUGGCAGCUACACUGCAUCAUUCCUUCUGUGUGGAUUUUCUAUGAUAUUUAGUUCAACGUUAUUGUGCUUUGCAAGACUAGCAAAGAAAUUCAAAAGAACACAUUUGCAGUCUUUCACCAAUGGUACUAACACCAAACAGCACAUCUGGACAAAUGGAGCAAUAGCUUAUUCUGUCACGGCAGAAUUAGACCAAAAGGAUGUUGAACUUUUCGCUGUGGAUACAAACAGCUACAGCAACAGAUGACAACUGCUGAAGGUUCAGUUCUGCACAGCUGUGACCAAGACAGAGAAAAUCUGACAGGAAACUGUGACUUAAGUUGAAAGUAUCUCUGGAGCAGCUUUAAUUUUUACAGCGUGCCUGAAUUUUGUACGUGUUGCAAUUUCAUUUCAAAUAUGGGUUUAGACCUGCUUUCCCAAGUACUCUACAGCAAAGUUUUGAGAUGGUUGCUGCUUUUUUACAUGGAUAUCUUUAAAGCUUGAAUUUCUAAACAUUGACAUUCUAGGUGUGAUCCUCGACUAGAUCCUUCUCUGGGAGGGUGUAAGAGGUACUGUGGCUACUCUACUGUCUGAAAAUGAGUAAAUUUGUGCCAUGAGACUAAGCAUGCUAAUAGACAAACCUGCAUUAGUUGGAAGAAUACCAAAGGCAACCCAGGAGACCAGAGGAGACCCUUGUUUUCCCAGAUGCAGAUCCUCUUUCUCCUUUAGCAGCUGUUGAAGAAAUUUAGAGUCCACGUAAGCAGAUGACUGAGAGACUGUUCGCUCCACAGGCUGUUAGUAAAGACAGUGCUGGCAGACAGUGUUUUUUCUGUGUAUUCCAGUGGCGAUUGGAACCAGGAGCUGUAUCUAUUGAUGGUGCAAAUUACUUGUUUGUGCCAGCUGAAGAGCUGAUCGUGUCACUUGUGCUAUAUGGCUAGAACACAAGAGCUGCAACUUGCCAAUGGAUUCCUGCUACUUGUGUGAGGAAUAUACUACAGUUGGCUGCUUCAUAGGAGCUAUAAGCUGAGACUAGUUCAUGGGAUAAAUUACUGAUGUGAUGAUUCAAUAUAUAAAGGAAUGUUCCUACAUUUCCAGAGUGAAAUUGUUGUCAUUGAAGGAGAAACUUCACACUCUGCAAUGCAAAUGAUUUCUGUGUUUUGAUGCUGUACAAAGCUGCAUUCAGUUCAUUGGUGAAUUGAUUCAGAGUCCAAAUAAUUCUCAUCAUUACUGAACUAGUAGUUUUGUUAAUUAUCUGCAGUGUAUUGAAUGCUCAUGGUGUCCUGUUCCACUCUGUGCCUCAGAAGGGAAAGCAACAUAGGCUGAUGUUCACAAAUUUGAUUUAGAUCAAGAGUACAGACAAAGGGGUAUAAUGUAUUUUUCUAGAUAUAUGAAUACUCUGUGUAUCAAGUGGUUCUAUUAUUCAUGCACAUUUCAAAUAUAACAUACUAAAAUUG